AUGGCUUCCUCGAUUCCUGAAGAUAAAUCCGCUUCCUCAAAAAAAACGCACAACGCUAGAGCGAUUGCCAGCGAUAGCAUCCUCAUCUUGCUCAACGUUGCAGCGGGUUCUCUUACAUCUCACAAGGAUGUUAAAGAGGAAGGAGCACGUCGUCUCCCUAAAAUCGACUUUCCACCUUUUGACAAGUCCAAUCCGAAACUCUGGUUUGAGCAGCUUGAGAUAGUCUUUAAAUCUUCAUUGAUCGUCUCAUCUGACCAAAAAUUCGCCGCGCUCCUCAGACUUAUGGACAAGUCCACGUCCUCUCUUCUAAGCCAAGUUACGAGGAAUAACUCUGAAAAUGCGUACAUCGAGGCUAGAACACUCCUCAUCAAGGAAUUCUCUUUAACGAAAUUCGAUCGUGUUAAAGCUUACAUGGACGCUAGACCUGCUUCAGACGAAAAAUUGACUCUUUUCUCUUCAAGGGUGGAAGUUCUCAUUGAGGACAUCACGAUGGAAGACAUCCGUAAGUUUUGUCUUCUUAGACACGCCCCUCCAGCGGUGCGUCUUCAGCUUUCCGGAUCAAGUUUCGAAAAAUUUUCCGUAAGCGAUCUUCUGUCCGAAGCCGACACGCUAACUCAGCGUGCAAACAUGGACGCCCUUGUUGUCGGGGCCAUCCACAAGGGUAAAGGUUCGGGUAAGAAGCUAUGUGGGUUUCAUCGUAGAUUCGGUAAGGACGCUAAGAGUUGCACAGGAAAGGCCAAGUGUUCCGAAUGGAAAAACGGACUUCGUUUUAUAGGAGAUAACCCUGCUGAAAAGGGAAACGAAUUAGGCACGCCUUCAAGAGGGUAG